UAAUAAUUUUCUAAUUUGUAUGCUAUCUAUAGAGAGACGUCACCCAAACCUCUGCAGUCUUUGCAAAGAUCCACAAAUGUGUUCAGAAAGAGAUCCAUACGCUGGCGAAGAGGGGGCCAUAAAGUGCCUGAUGGAAGGUGAGGGACAGGUGGCCUUCACUACCAUUGAAACGGCCGAACAUUACUUUAAGACGCGACCCGAAGAGAGAGACAAUUACCAGUUUCUAUGUCUGGAUGGCUCUCGAAUGCCAAUCACUCGCAGAGCCUGUGAGUGGGCGCGAAAGCCUACCAAUGCUUUUGUUAUUAGAAAAGGAAGAGCGCGACAAAAGGAUUACUAUUUAAGAUAUUUGCAGCAAAUAUUCUUCCGAUAUUCACAAUUGAAACCUCAAUGGUUUACACAAUCAUUUGUGUCGUCAGACAAUGUCACUCAA